CGAUUUCAGCCAGCUUUUCGCACGCCCGGCCACACUAUCGUCCGUCUUUUUCCUUCCGUUUCCCUUUCUUUUCCCUUUUCACGUUUUCGUGACGGUCGUGUAAAUCAGUGUUUGCAAACCAAUCCCAGCCAUGGUGCGUAUGAACGUAUUGGCCGAUGCCCUGAAGUGCAUCAACAACGCGGAGAAGCGUGGCAAGCGCCAGGUGCUGCUGCGUCCCUGCUCCAAGGUGAUCAUCAAGUUCCUCACCGUGAUGAUGAAGCACGGCUACAUCGGCGAGUUCGAGAUCGUCGACGAUCACCGUUCCGGCAAGAUCGUGGUCAACCUGACCGGCCGCCUCAACAAGUGCGGCGUCAUCUCGCCCCGUUUCGAUGUGCCCAUCAACGACAUCGAGAAGUGGACCAACAAUCUGCUGCCCUCCCGUCAGUUUGGCUACGUCGUGCUCACCACCUCGGGCGGCAUCAUGGACCACGAGGAGGCCAGGAGAAAACAUCUGGGAGGCAAGAUCCUCGGCUUCUUCUUCUAGAGCCACAAUAUGUUUGAUAUCGAAGAGAUCUGUGUGUGCCGAGAGGAGUUCAUAUGUAGAUUGACGUUUUAUUUCACCGACCUACCAUGCAACCAACUACGUUUUGUAUACAACAAAUCAAGGGGCGAAAACGCUGAUACAUUCAUUUAGACAACCAGCGAAAAUGAAUGUUCACAAAGAAACGCGAAAUAAACUGAUUGAUACAUAAUAAUUUUAAUAA